CAUUCUACUUAAGGAAAAUUUCCUGAAGGGAAAAUUAACCCAUAGCCUACAAGUACAAGUACUAUUUUGGGCCUCGAAAAUUUUAAGAACUUCACUGGCUUAUGCUUUGAGCCGCCGUGAGAAGAAUAACAAACAGAUGACCUCAAACUGUUCCAAUCUUUUUUCAGUUUGGGUAUACUUUUAAAUCAAUUUUACCCCUAAUACUCAUUCUUGUGCUUUCCUCUUUCAAGAGUGCUUGAAUUUCAGAUUAGAGCUUACACUUUAACCAUUGGAGAUUUUCUUGUUAGAUGGGUGUUGAGAUUUUGAAGAAAGUUGUCAACUUUACUCAAAGAAAGAAAAAAUGGAAGAUUUUUCUUGGUUUGUUUGUGAUAAUGUUGUCUCUGUAUAAUUGUUCGGGUAGUCAAGUUUUUCUUCUAUGGGUCCAGGUAUGUUACCAAGAAAAUCUUCCUUCAACCUGUUAUUCAAGGGUCAAAUUAUGAUAAAAGAAAAAAGCCUUUGUAGAAAGUACUAUUAUGGUGCUUCUUCAGUACCUUUGUUGUAUGAUCCUGAUAAAGCUGUUGUUUUACCAAUAAGAAAAUCACAUAGCUGCAAAGGUCGCAAGCUGUAUUCAGUUGUAGUUAGAGUAUGCAAAUCUUUGAGUUGGGAAGUUGCAAAAGAGAUCCCUUUUAAAAGAACUCUGAAAAAGUAUGGCUUGUCUCAUUCAAUAAAUGCUUAUAGCAUGAUGAUAGAUACAUUUGCCAUUGCUGGAAUGGAUAUGGAAGUGCACACACUUCUUAAACAAAUGAUUUUCGACUUGCAGAAGGCUGGUGUCGACUUACUUAAGGUAACAUAUCUUAAUAAUACUACAGGUUCAACUCUUGUAGCUGAUGCACUAGUCAAGGUGUUUGCUGCAAAUAAACUGCUUGAUCAUGCUAUUGACGUCGUUAAUCAGGUUAAGAAAAUGGGGCUUGAACCAAGUAUUUAUUCAUGUAAUUACUUACUAAAAUGCUUGGCAGAAGCAAGUCGGGGGGAGAAUCUUGUAACAUUAUUUGAAGCAAUGAAGACCUUUGGACCUUCGCCUAAUGUGAGGACAUACACAAUCUUGAUGAACUUCUACUGCACAAAUCAUUCAGGGCAGCAACCGAAGGUAGAUAUAAAAGAAGCCUAUAAGAUUCUGAAAGAAAUGUGGGAAAUUCAUAUCAGUCCUUCUGCUGCAACGUAUAGUGUAUGGGUCCGUGGACUCUGUAGAGUUGGAUGCCCUCAUGUUGCUUUGAAAUUCAUUCGGAUGCUGAGGUAUGAGAACCAACCUCUGAAUUCUUACUGCUACAAUGCUAUUAUUCAUGGAUUUUGUGCUGAAGGCGAAGUAAAGAAAGCUAUUAGUGUUUUUGAAGAGAUGAGUAAUUCUGGAAUAACACCAGAUAUAUGUAGCUAUAGCAUUCUUGUCGAUGGAUUCUGCAAAUUCGAGAGUAUUGAUGGAGGUUUAUGUCUUAUUCAGGGUAUGCAAGAAAACAACAUCAAGCCUACCCCAAUUAGCUAUAGCUCAAUUCUUAAGGGUUUGUGCGAAAUCGGAGCAGCGAAAAUUGCAAACGAUUGUUUUCAUGACCUUAUGAAUUCUGGGUGCAAAGUUGACCAAACAGCUUACGACAUCUUAAUUACUGGAUUUUGUGCUCAAGGAGAUCUGAGUUCAGCGCACGAGCUACUGGAGGAGAUGAUAAACAAUCACUUGGCUCCUGAUGCUUCAAUUUAUGAGAGAUUAAUUCGUGCUUCCUGCCAUGCGGGGUCCGCUGAUACAGCGAUGAAGUACAGAAAUAUGAUGGUACAAGGAGGUUUCCUGCCUGAUACCGUUACCUGCAAUUUUAUUGUUAAGCAGUACUGUACUGAUGGGCAUGUGAUGGGAGCUUUGAACCUGGUUGAUGAAAUGAUGGAUCAAGGCAUCGUCCCCAACUUGUAUACGUAUAACGUAGUCAUUAACCAGUUGUGCAAAGAUGAAAACACCGAAGAGAGAGAAGGGCGUGUGUUGGAAGCUUUGCAUCUGAUUGAUGAAAUGGUGGACCAAGGCAUCGUCCCGGACUUGUAUACCUAUAAUGUAGUCGUUCACAAGUUGUGCAAAGAUAUAAAUGCACAGAAGGCGUUGGAGGUAAUCACGGUGAUGCUUAAGAGGGACAUGUUUCCCAAUGUUAUAAUUCUUAAUACUCUUAUUGAUGGAUUUAUUAAACGGUCCUAUUUUAAGAAGGCUAACAUGUUUUAUAGGGGAAUGCUAAAACUUGAGAUUACUCCUAACGUCACCACGUACACAAUUCUUAUUGGCAUGUUAUGCGAGCGGAGGAAAGUGAAAGAUGUCUACAGACGGAGAAAAGUGAAAAAAGCGUAUACACUAUUUAGGAAAAUGAUCAGGGAGGGUAUAAAUCCUGAUAAGAUCUGUUACACCUCCAUGAUUGCUGGUCUUUGUGGAAUUGAAGACGUGAACAAGGCUUGUGCUUUGUUCCGUGAGAUGCAAAAAGGAGAACUCUUGCCUACUGUUGUUACUUAUACUUGCCUCAUUGAUAUAUUUUGCAAGUUAGAUCAGAUGGACGAGGCCAAGAAAUUGUUAAAAAUGAUGGUAAGACAGAACAUCUCUCCUGAUGUCAAGACUUAUAGUUGCUUCAUUGAUAAAUUUUGCAAGUUACAUCGGAUGGAUGAGGCCGAGAUGUUGUUUGAUAGAAUGAGAAAAGAGAACAUCUCUCCUGAUGUUGUCACUUAUAAAAUAAUGAUCAAGGGAUAUGAAAUGGUUGGAAAUUCUGAUCUAGCUUAUGAGAUGACUGAUGAGAUGCGGCAAGUUUUUAACAUUCCUGACGAUAGUAUUUGACAUUAUUUUUCCUUAUGCCGAGGGUCUACCGGAAACAGCCUCUCUACCACCCAAGUUGGGGGUAAGGUCUGCGUACACUCUACCCUCCCUAGACCCUACUUUGUGAAAUUUCAUUGGGUAUAUUGUUGUUGUGUUGUUAAAGUUAAAUAUGGUUAAUGAAAAUUCAUAUAGUUGAUCCCAACUUGUUCGGGACUGAUGCGUAGUGGACUAGUGGUAUUGUUUAAGUUAAACGGAAAUUUUGCUUUCUUGACAAGCUUGUAAAGGUAAUUAAUUUUGUAUAUUUGUUUUGUUGGUUAUAUGGAAUGUUUUCUUGAGUGAUUUGAAUUAGAG